AUGACUUCAACUCCUUCCUCCACAUCAAACCUGUACCCGGCCCUGAACCCUGACGCCGAUCAACCGCAUGCACAGAACCAUGCUGGUGUUGACUACUCAGAUCACACACUUUACAACUCUACUACCACUACCACUGCUACAGCUUCCAAAGACACCAACAUGACCUUAACUCGAUCCCACACAACUACAACCAGAGCACUCGCCACCACUGCCAUUGCUCCAAGGCAACAAAAGAAGCAGGAAGGAGUCCUGACGCUGUCGCCAAACGAACCCAUCCCGUUAUCGACUUACAUCUCGGUCUCCCAGGUGGCCAUCUCUUCAGCCUUGAAGGUCGCGAUGGUAUCGACCAGUCUUUCUUUGAGCGUUGCACGGACAAUUGUGUCGACUCUGGAUAAGGUCUUGGGCAUGGCUGUCAAUGGAGUCGUUGGGCAAAACGAUGAGGGUAGCAGUCCUGGACUGAACCCGGCGUUUGUUGCCUCACUCCCCUUCCGGGCUGCUCUGUUGGGAAUCAACUUUAGCGACAUCCUAGUCCAAACCAUCCUCGAAACCGUCGACGGCUCCGUCAACUUGGCCCUCAGCACCGUCCAAGACGGCUUCGAGCUCAUGGAUUCCCUCUUUGGCCCCGACUCUACCUCUCAAACUGGAGAGACUUUCCGAGAGGUCUGGAAGAUCUUGAGCAGAGAGUUGACACAGGAAGCCGCGGCUGCUGGAGCGCCCUACCCGGCACUGGAGGGCAUCCGACUUUUGAUGGCGUAUGUUGCGAUCCAGUUUGCGACGUCGGAACGAUGGGAGACUAUUCGGGUCAGGACUCAGGGCAGGCUGGUGGGAGAGUGUUUAGAAUCGAAGGAUGACCAGCUGGGUUCGAGUACUGCUUGGUCGGCGAUCGGGACUGCUGGGUGGCCGGAGGAGUGGGCCGGUAGCUUGUCGGAGGAGGAGUUGCUACGGGAGGUUCGGUGUAUGGAGUUGAGGGAGCAGCGGGAGGGACGGAGUGCGGCUUCUUUUUCGGCGUACGCUGGUGUUGGAUCUGGGAGGCGCGGGUUUGGAAACCGUGGAGCCCCUUCGUCUGCGGCGGCGAACCCAGAGUUGACCAACUUUUUGGCGGACUCGUAUCGGUUCUCGAGGUUCUGCUCUGCCAUGUAUGGGUCGUUGGCUUUGGAGUUUAUGGGUGCGCCUGAGAGGUAUCCUCCUCUGUCCACUGAGCCUGUGUCUGGAGGUGGUGGGGCUGGUGUUCCAAAUGAUGCUUCGGAGCAUCAUUUCCAUCAAUACACGGGUACACCCCUGGGAUCCAUCCUCUACUCCUCUGACACGGCAGCAACAGUCCUCGAUGGAUUCUAUAGUCCGCGGUACUACCUCCUGGACGACGUCGAGACCAAGCAGAUUGUAUUGGUUCUCAGGGGUACCAAAUCCUUGCACGAUCUCAUGAUUGACUUGACUUGUGAUGCGGCCGAUCUCUGGUUGGACCACGAUACUUCCCCGCUCCGUGACGCGCAUGGUAACAUCUUGCCGAACACUGAGGAGAACCUCAAGCGAAAGCGGCCAUUCAGGGUGCACGGUGGGUUCUUGAAGGCGGCCAGGACGAUUGCCUCCGCAGAGACGAUCGGCAUCCAGGAGAAGGUGAAGGCAGCACUUGAGGCGCGUCCAGAAUAUUCAUUGUUGUUGAUUGGACAUUCGUUGGGGGCGGGAAUUGCGUCAGUCUUGUCGAUGCUUUGGGCUGAUCCUGCCACGGGUCUGACGCCCGAGGUGCCUCAUCAUUCUUGUGCGUCGAGGACGACUGGAUCUGCAGAGUCCACAUUUGCUUCACCUGUCGCGUCGCCUCCCACGACUUCGACGCCUGUCUUUGGAGGGGAUGAGAGCCGUGAGUGGUAUAAUAGGCCGACGGCUGAGCAGCAGGAGGAUGGACAGUUCUUUAUGCCGGGCUACUUGCCCAAGAACAAUGUCGAGUCCUUCUUGCCACCUGGUCGCCGUGUCAAGUGCUAUGGCUAUGGUACUCCCAAGGUUAUGUGUCCUCGCAUGAGCAAGCGCGCCUUGAAGUUGGUGACGACUAUCUCAUACGGAGACGACGUGGUGGGUCGCCUGUCGCUAGGAAGCGUCCGCAACAUCGGCCACGCCAUGCGCGCCCUCCUCGCCAUGCGUCCCCAGCCACCACCCUCCCCACCCGCAAGCCCCCCAUCCUCCCCCCUCCUCAAUUCAACUUCCACUUCAACCGAAAUCGACCUCCUCCACGACUCUUCCGAAUCCCUCGAAGACCUCCUUGAACAAGAAGGCGAAGGCAUCUCCAUCAACGAGGAGCUCCGUGCCGAAGCUGCAGCAGAGGCUGCCUCUGCUGAACGCCACAAGCAACAGAACAAGAAGCCUGCUCCUCCGAGUAUUGGAUUGGAGAUUGUUCAGAAGGUGAUUCGGUGGCGGUUGACUGGGGAGGAGUCGUUGUUGGAGGAGUUUAUGGAUAUCCGGAGGGCGAUGCAUAAGGAGAUGAUGAAGCAUCAGGAUCAUGAUUGUCAUACCAAUGGAGAUCUUUACCCCCUCGAGUCCCCCUCCAAUACCACCGGUGGCGAUGAACAGCACCAGCAGGAACAGCGACCCUACCACCAUGGAGAGCGUACAUUAGACCUCUCAAAAAUCUCCCCCGUCCUCGUUCCCGCCGGAAAAGUCCUUUGGAUCCGACCUACAACCAUCGAAAAGGAACUCGAGAACGAAGAAACUCAAAAACACCCCAUUGAUUCGGUCCUGCACCAGUUUGAAUGGGACCACCCUUUAGACCUCCCCCGUGACGCCGCGAACAGGUUGAUCCCUGGUUCAAUCUCGCGUGGGCUGCAGAGUCGUUUGGAAGAUGAUCAGGCGGACAGUGCGUCAAUUAGAUCGUUCAAGGAGACGGUUAGGAGUAGUCUGUAUUCUGCACAGUCGUCCCCCAAUCUGACGGCUCAGCAGCCUAUUCAGUUUUAUUCUUCCCCUCCUGCCGCGGCCACUUCAACCUCUACCUCCCAUCUCACCCCACCUUCGUCUCAGCAAGCAGCCCCCAAACUCGCGCGUCAAGGCUCUGCCGACUCUGCCCACACCUUCCUCACCACCGCAUCCGCAGCAACAACAACCUCCCCCGCCUCGUUGCACCCAGGCAACCAAAACACGGACAAACUCCUAUACAGGAUGUACGCGAUCCCCGAACCCGAGAACGUCUUUGACGAGAUGUUGUUUUCCCGCAGGAUGUGGAGUGAUCAUUUGCCGUUGACGUAUGAGUUCAUCUUGGCGGGCAAGCAUGCUAUCCCUGUUACUUCUCCUCAAGAUGGCAGUGGUUCUGCUUAG